AUGAUCCAACGUCGUGAAGCAGGUGUUGACCGAGAGGCAACACUUAGAAAGGCGAAAGAACUGAUCUCGAAGCGAGACACGAAGUCUGCCUUCCAAGCCGCGAAGACUGUGAAAGAUCUAGGGGGUAGGAUGACAUGGCUCGAAAGAGUCAAAGCCUCCGCAGCUGGCAAUCUCAUUACAGUGGUUCUCACACCACUGCUGGCUCAAACCACCCUCCUCAGCUGCAUGGACUGGCUCGAAAUGAGCUACUUCCAUUCACAAGUGGUCACGAUGAUUGUGAUGCUGCCCUUGUUUAUGCUCAUGCUGAUGGUCCUCUCCAGGGAUGUGUGGAGAGAAGGAUGUGUCUUCGUUUCGUGUCCAUGUGUAGCUGUCUCGCCGUAG